CAUCAGAAUGGGAACUGUGGAUGUCUGAGGCCGGGUGGGUCAGCGUCCCAUCAGAGUAUAAGAAGCUCAGAUUUCACUUCAGACCAUUUUGACCAAGGGUUGUGCUAUUUAAUCAUCAAUAAAGAAUCUCAGAUGGAUCCACAUAUGAUGAAGCAAACAUUACUUGCCAUCCUCCUGCUUCUGCCCAGUGUUUCAGCUGUCAGCCUGAAACAAUGUCUGUCUGACUGCCUAGAGGACGAUGACUACGAUCUCCUGUUGCGCACGGCAAAGAACGGCCUCCCACACCUGAACUCAUCUCAUCAUGUCGUUAUCGUCGGGGCUGGUAUGGCCGGACUGACAGCUGCCAAACUGCUGCAGGACGCAGGACACCAGGUAACGUUGGUAGAGGCCAGCGGUCGUGUUGGAGGACGGGUGGAGACCUACAGGAAUGACAAAGAGGGCUGGUACGCUGACCUGGGAGCCAUGAGGAUCCCAAGCUUUCACCAAAUUUUACGGUGGUAUGCUAAAGAACUGGGUGUGAAGCUGAAUCCGUUCAUCAUGGAUGACGACAACACCUUUUACUUUAUCCAUGGGCUGCGGAAGAGGACGUACGCGGUCAAAGCAAACCCUGACAUUCUACGGUACAAUCUGCCAAGACGUGAAAGGGGGAAGUCGGCGGACCAGCUGUUGCAGGAAGCUCUGCAGAAGGUUAAAGACUAUGUGAAGAAGUAUGGUUGCAAAGCUGCGCUGGAGAAAUACGACCGCUAUUCAGUGAAGGAGUAUCUACAGGAAGAAGGUGGUGUAAGCCCACAGGGGAUUGACAUGAUCGGAGACCUGCUAAAUGAAGAUGGCCUCAUGUUCCUCGCUCUGACAGAAAUGAUCUACAUCGAGAGUGACGUCAAUGACAAUACAACGUAUGAUGAAGUUACCGGUGGCACGGAUCUUCUCGUCAAAGCUUUUCUUACCGUUCUUGAUGUCCCAAUCUUCCUGAACUCCAAAGUCAAACGCAUCAGGCAUUCCAAUCAGGGAGUGGUAGUAUCAUAUCAGACAGGAUCCCAGUCUUCUCUAACGGACCUGUACGCUGAUGCUGUCCUGGUAACAACCACAGCCAAAGCAGCCCUCUUCCUGGACUUUGUUCCUCCUCUUUCCAGCAAAAAGAUGGAGGCACUGAGGUUGGUGCACUACGAAAGCUCCACUAAAAUCAUCCUCACCUUUAGCGAAAAAUUCUGGGAAAACGACGGCAUCCGAGGAGGAAAGAGCAUCACCGAUGGGCCUUCUCGUUUCAUCUACUAUCUCAGCCACAGUUUCCCAAACAAUAAGAACAUCGGUGUCCUCCUGGCCUCGUACACCUGGGGUGACGAGUCCCACCUCUUCACUGGAGCAAGUGAUGAAGACCUGAAGGAGAUGGCCCUCAGAGAUUUGGCAAAAAUACACGGUGAACAUGUGAAAUCUCUGUGUACAGGAGUGGUGGUGAAGAGGUGGAGUACAGAUCCUUACAGCUUGGGUGCUUUUGCGCUCUUUGCACCCUACCAACAUUUGGAGUAUGCCAAGGAACUGUUCAGGCAUGAAGGCAGGGUGCACUUUGCAGGAGAACAUACAGCCUUCCCUCAUGCUUGGAUCGAGACAUCUAUGAAAUCUGCGAUCAGGGCUGCGACAAACAUAAACAAAGCAGCGCUGAAACAGUCAACUACAUUUGUAGUCAGAGACGAGCUGUAGGGUGUGGAAAAAGUUCAAGUCCUGAGGGAGGGAAUAAAAGAGUACAAACAGGCUUGUUUGCAUUAACUGCUAUUUUAAUUUCCAUCUCUACACAGAAAAUAUAUCAUAUGCAGCACAAACAAUGAUAACAGAUGUAAAAUAAGCAGUGAAAUAAUUAUUUAUUAUCCAUUAAUAUUGAACAUGGAGGUUUGGGUUACAGGUGAUAAGAGUUAUUGAUUCAUAAGAAAGAAUUUCAAGUAAGGACAAGUUAGUAGUUUUCAAACAAUUUUGCUAGCUUUGCACUAAAUACACCCUGGUGUUGGCAAGGUGGUAUACUUAAAAUAAAACACUAUGUUAAGAUGGGAUAUGCUUCUGAUGUGAGAUAUAAAAAACAAUGUAUGGUUCCACACAGACAAUAUAAUGAUAUAUGUUGAUGACAUCACACUAUAUACUGAUGACUUAACAUUUUAUGAUACAUCCGAUAUGAAGACGCCUUCUGGUUACUGGUGGGUAAUUUACCAAUGCUCUAAUGUUGAUUUUUGAUGUGUGAUGAUGUGAUAUGUUUGGAAAAAAGAAAUAAAAAAUGCAAGUCAUAAAAAAACAUUUUUGAUACAUUAGAUUAAGUACAGUACAUUAAUCCUGUACGAGAAAUCCAACUGUUUUCUAGCAGAAACAGUUCAUUAUUUACAAAAUAGUGUAAGUGGAAAUUAGAAACUUGCAUAUAU